CCAUGGCUACCGCCUCUUCACAUCAGGAUCGAACAGGAGAUCAACAUUCAGAUCAAGAAGCAGAUCAAGAAGCAGGCUCAUCAGUUCCGCCACUAGCUUCACCACAGGGCACUUCUGUGGUCGUGGGGAUACCUAUGCGAAGGACUUUGGAUGACCCACGUGGAGCAGUGCACGACCCGCGUCUACUAGCAGGAAUCGAGCGUGCAGGAUUUUUCGGGGCCAGAUUGAGAGGCGAAUCAACCUGGGGUUGCGCUGUUUUGGUCAAAGAUUACCGGUUUCUGUCGAUGGAAUUUUUGCGGUCGAAGGUGAAUAAGCAGAAUUAUGGCCAGCUUUUUUGUUUGUUUUUCCAUCAUUCUCGGCAACAUUUAAUAGUGUCCCCUUUUCCCUUGUAUUCUCGUGAAAUACAAGGUAAAAGGGGUCAAGAUGAGGGGACCGAGAUGCAUUCUAGCACACGCUAACAGAACAACAGUAAGCAUGAAGAUAGGUUCAACAGCAUGAAUAUGAGUCCCAACUACAACAUGAUGGUGCAAGAGGACGCUAGCAAUACUCGCACUAGCACCAGCACAACUGGUGAUCAGCAAGAGAUGAAGGAACAACCAGAUUACACACAUCUCCUGACUCAACUUGUCCUCGUUGGUG